AUGGCUUCAUCCGAUAAAAAAUCGAAAAAUCUGUGUAAAUUUAUUGGUGAAAAGGAAAUUGCCCAUGGGAAUUGGCUAGCAUUAAAAGAAAUAACAUAUUCAGAUCCAAAUGGAAAAGAAAGAAAAUGGGAAAGUGUUUCCAGAGUUGUAAACCAGAAAAUGUCUCAGCAAGCUGUUGCUGUUAUCGCCAUCUUGAAAUGCACAUUAAAAUUUGACUGCAUCAUUCUUGUCAGACAGUAUCGACCUCCACUUCAGACAUGUACCAUUGAAUUUCCUGCUGGAUUAGUUGAUGUGAAUGAAUCGCCAUCUGAAGCUGCAAUACGUGAACUUAAGGAAGAAACAGGGUUUACAGGAAUCCUGAAACACAAAUCCCCAGUUGUCGGCCUCGACCCUGGAGCCAGUAAUAAUGUUGUCACCCUGGUAACAGUCGAAAUUGAUGGAGAUGACCCACAUAACCAGUCGCCGAAACCAAAAUUAGAACCCACUGAAUUUAUUGAAACGAAAAUAGUUCAACUCUGCAACCUGUUACUUCAAUUGAAUGAAUUUGCUGAAGAUGGAGACAUUAUUGAUUCUCGAGUAUACAGCUACGCUAUUGCUCUGGAACAGACGAAAAAGAAAGGUGCAAUUGUGUAA